AUGAUCGAGGCCUGGGCGCGUCGGCUAGUCUGCGUCACGGCUGAAGUCCCAGAAGGUUACGAUUCCGGCCCCGGUGAAGAUGAAGACCUGCAGCCUGAGAGACCAAAACUUCAGUCUCUUAAGGUGACUGAAGAUGUCGAACCAGGCAGCAUGGAAGAGGCAGGGCCAGAGCUGCCUGUAGGGACUGACCAAGAGCCACAACCAGAGACGCAAAAAGAGGGCUUCAAAGAGGAGACACCGGCGAGUGCUAAGAAUAUACACCUACGUCUGAAACCCACCUGGACGUCCGAGGAAGAGGCUCCCCAAAAGUCCAAGACAGACAUUUCUAGCGAGAUUGAGCUAGGGAUUCCCAAAGAGGUAAAGUCGGAGACAUCCAGACAGAUAGAAGUAGAGCUUUUCAAGGAUUUGGAGGUCCUUGUGGACGAAAAGCAUGGGGAGCCAGAGGAGGAAGCCAAACCAGAUGUCACAGAGGAUAUGCUCAUAGAGGCAGCUAAGGAAACAGAUCUAGAGCUACGAAAGGAAGCCGAGGCUGAGGUUCCAGGGGCCACAAUCAGUGAGACAAGAUUAGAGUUAGUAGAGGGGACCAAACUAGAGGUUUGGGAGGAGUCACUUAGAGAGCAACAUGGAAAGACGGGUCUGGAACCUACAGAGCAGACCAAACCGGAAUUUCCAAGUGAGAAACUAAGAAGAUCAAUUGAAGAGGCAGAUCUUCAGCCACCAAAGAUGACCACACCAGAGAUUCCAGAGGAGACACAAAGUAAGUCACCUGAGGAGAAAAGGACAGAGCCACAUGAGCAGGCCAUACCAGAGUUUCCAGAAGAGAAACCAAGUAUGUCUACUGAGGAGACACAAAGAAAGUCAACUGCAGAGAAAGUUCUAGAGCCACCAGAGGACACCAAAUCUCCAGAUCAAAAAGAUAAGCAGAAAAAAUCAACUGAGGAGACAGGUCUAGCACCAUCACAGAAGUCCAGAUCAGAGGAGACACUAAGAGAGUCAACUGAGGAGCAAGUUCCAGAGCCACCAGAACAGACUAAACCAGAGUUUCCAAAGAAAGAACCGAGAAAGUCAACUGAAGAAACAGGUCAGGUGCCACCACAGAAGAUCGUACCAGAGGUGCAAGAGAAGACACAAACAGAGCCAACUAAGAAGAUAGAUUCAGAGUUACCAUAUAAAGCCAAACCACUACUUAGAAUAGAGACAUGUGUAGAAUUUGCCAAGGAAGAUAGGCCAGAACCAAUCAGACUUAAGUGUUCUGUAGACAGAGAUGAGCCAGAGUACUCUGACUAUCAAACAAGAAAGUUGUUAGUAAAAGAAACUAAAGACGUUUCAAAAGACUCUGUGUUAGAGUCUCUUCCAAUAAGUGAAGUAGACUCAGUGAAUAUAGAUUAUGAGUUUUCUAAAGAACUCCAAAAUCUGUUUCAGUUUUCUGAUACCAAUUAUGAAUUCUACUCAUAUUACUCUGAGUCUCAGAGGGAUUUAAAAGAGUCCUCUAAUGAAAAGAAAGAUCUGUCCCCAGAGUCAGUGACACUGGUACCUAAAGAUAAAGAAACCCAGCCAAAAAAAAGUACUGACCUACAAUUUGAGUAUCUUGAAUGGAGCCCAGAGAAAGUUGCAGAGUGGAUUUGCCAGCUAGGCUUCCCUCAAUACAAGGAGUGUUUUACCACAAACUUCAUCAGUGGCCGAAAACUCAUCCACGUAAACUGCUCAAACCUCCCUCAGAUGGGUAUAACAGAUUUCGAGGACAUGAAGGUAAUUUCUCAGCAUACCCGGGAGCUACUGGGAAUUGAAGAGCCAUUAUUCACACGCUCUAUCAGCCUUCCCUACAGGGACAAUAUUGGCUUAUUUUUAGAGCAAAAAUCUCAUAGUGGAGUUAAAUCUGAUUCCUUGACCUUGUCUGAAUUUGUGCAAGCAGUGGGAUUACAGGAUUCUGCUCCAGAAAUAACCACCCCUGAAGAGGAUGCAGCAUUAUGUUCCAUUGAACCAUAGGGCAAGCCGUUUCACUUAGCUUGAAAAUCAAAUUAAAUUAUGUGGGGGAAGAAGUGUGGUAUUUCUGCAUUUUCUUUUUCUCUUCAUUCAGGAUCAGAGUUAGAACUGCUGGCUCCAUUCCUAGUUCUGCCACUGACUCACAGCACCUUCCCUUUAUUUGUGUGUCAAUUUAGUCCCUUGUUAAAACAAAGAUAGCAAUAUUUCUCUUUCUGGGUAAUUGUAAGAAUUCCUGAUAAAUUCCAGUAUUUCAUCUGGUAGUAGGAGCACGAUGGAGAAACAGACUAAAAGUAAAAUCACCUGCCAACCCAGAUAAUCCUCUUCAUAAGUGCAGACAAGGACACAGUUGUAUUAUUGAAUCAGCAUAAAAUCAGACUGUGAUGCACAUUACAGGCAGGCCACUAAAGAGAUUGCCAAGACAAGGAUAUCUCACCCUUCUAUAUAGCCAGGCAGAUAUAAUCCAUUAUUUACAUGUUGACUGUCUGUGUCCAAAGGAAAAAUAAAAGUUCUCAUAUCUUAGUGACAAACAGAAAUUUACUCCCUGGAGCCAAGCACUUAGGCUAAACCCCCAGCGUCAGGGAGACAAAGCGCCAUCCUUCUAAACGCCCGCAUUUCAAAGAGGCGGCUCCAAGGGCCCCUCCCCCGAAAGACGGUCCCGGGAUGGAAAACUGGCAGAAAGUUUAUUCACCUUUUUAGAAGAGGAGCAUACAUCUCAAAAACAGAGAAAAAGGAUUUAUAUUACAAGUUUUUAAAAGGAAAUGUGUUAUGCUCUUGGUGGGAAUGUAAAUUGAUACAGCCACUAUGGAGAACAGGAUGGAGGUUCCUUAAAAAACUACAAAUAGAACUACCGUACGACCCAGCAAUCCCACUACUGGGCAUAUACCCUGAGAAAACCAUAAUUCAAAAAGAGUCAUGUACCAAAAUGUUCAUUGCAGCUCUAUUUACAAUAGCCAGGACAUGGAAGCAACCUAGGUGUCCAUCAACAGAUAAAUGGCACAUAUAUACAAUGGAAUAUUACUCAGCCAUAAAAAGAAACGAAAUUGAGUUAUUUGUAGUGAGGUGGAUGGACCUAGAGUCUGUCAUACAGAGUGAAGUCAGAAAGAGAAAAACAAAUACUGUAUGCUAACACAUAUAUAUGGAAUCUAAGGGAAAAAAAAAAAGGUCAUGAAGAACCUAGGGGUAAGAUGGGAAUAAAGACACAGACCUACUAGAGUAUGGACUUGAGGAUACGGGGAAGGGGAAGGGUAAGCUGUGACAAAGUGAGAGAGUGGCAUGGACAUAUAUACACUACCAAACGUAAAAUAGAUAGCUAGUGGGAAGCAGCCACAUAGCACAGGGAGAUCAGCUAGGUGGUUUGUGACCACCUAGAGGGGUGGGAUAGGGAGGAUGGGAGGGAGGGAGACGCAAGAGGGAAGAGAUAUGGGAACAUAUGUAUAUGUAUAACUGAUUCACUUUGUUAUAAAGCAGAAACUAACACACCAUUGUAAAGCAAUUAUACUCCAAUAAAGAUGUUAAAAAAAAAGGAAAUGUGUUAUGAAAAAGGAGGGGGGAGGUUCUCAUUCCUUUUUGGCAUCAGAGAACAAAAUUUUAAAAAUAUUUUUUUAGAUUUGUAUUUACCUGUUAAAACAACAUGGCUUAUAGAAGUAUAUCAUUGACCAUGGACUAGGGUCUGGGUUUGUUUACAAGGCGUUUUAUGUGGUAACUCCAGACUUUUAUAAAAUGAAAUUCAGACCAGA